GAACAUUCCAUACACAGACUUUGAUCGAAGAAAAACAUAUUAAGUUGAUAUAACUGUAAGUAUGGCUAAGAAAGGUAGUAAUAAGAAGGGAAAUAAGACCACUAAGGUAAAAGAUACAACAAAAUCAUCUGCAUCAAAAAAUAUUUCUGAACAUGAACAAAUGAAAAACACAGGAGCAGUCGAUCUAUCCUCGCUUGUGAAUCAGUUUGGAGGUGAUCGCAAUGACGUCGAGUUGAUUAAAGACGUUGAUAUGGACGACGAUAUUGAGGUACUGGAAGCAGAUGGUACAAACAUUACGCGACCGUCAAAUAAUGAGAUCGCAUCGUUUGUAGCUAAUUUGGGUCUAACUGAGCUACCUGAUGGUGAUAGUGAGGUAGACGGCGAUGAUAUAAAUGAGGGGGAGGACAAGGACAAUAAUGAUGAACAUGGGAAUUCCAACAGCGACCAAGAUAUAAGUGAGCAUGAAUCCGAUGUCAGUGAUAGUGCAGAAGAACAAGAUGUAAACACAAAAGAAAAUGAUAUGUUGUCGUUGCAGACGGAGGUGGCGGGAGUAUUGAGUGAUAGCGUGUUUCUGCGUUAUAAUAAGGAGCCAAAGCCGCGCAAGAAGCUGAUAUUUGAGGGGGGUGCUUGGUAUAUGAAUAGGUUAAACCCUGUGGAGAUGAGUGUAGGUGAGCUUGCUACUGAUAAGGUCGAGGUUAUCCGAGGGUACGCCGAGAAGUGCCUUGCUGAAGAGUCCCGGCUGUAUGCAUUAGAGCAAGAAAGACUGAAGCCGGCAGAUAUGAAGAUUGUACGUAAUUUCCUAACAUCUGGGACUCUGAGUGAUAAGACGAGUACACAGGCACUUCUACUGCAAGAGAGUGCACUGCACAAUAUCAAAACGCUCCGCAAACUAUGUACCAUGGCCAGUAGCAAAAACCAGAGAGAGAGCACUAUGGCUGUAGAGAAUCUAGAGGAAGUAUGGGUUCGGUUUCUGCUGCCUGGAGACCGAAAGCUUAAGUUCUUCCACGAGCAGCCCCUGGCGAGUGCAGGAGCAUCAGACAAGCACUUGAGCAUGUGGUUCUUCGAGGAUGUCCUGAAACGAUUAUUUUUGCAAUACGUUGGAGUUCUUGAGAUGCUGUCACGAUCACAAGUGCAGUCAAUAAAAUCCAAUUCGCUCCGCAUAGCACAUGCGUUGUUGAGUGAGAAGCCUGAACAGGAAAAGAAUCUGCUCGCACUCAUUGUGAAUAAAAUGGGAGAUACUGAGAAGAAGGUGGCAUCAAAGGUAGUCUACCUUCUCGGCCUGUUGGUGAAGCGUCAUCCCUUCAUGAAGACCGUUGUUGUUCGGGAGAUAGAACAAUUAGUAUACCGCUCUAACGUUAGUGCCCGUGCGCGCUACUACUCUGUGUGUUUCCUCAAUCAAAUCAUCCUAUCACACGAAGAGGCUGAGUUGGCUACCACACUCAUCGAGUUGUACUUGGCCUUGUUCUCUCACUUGGUAGAGAAAGGAGAGGUGGAGAGCAAGCUUCUAGCCGCUCUCUUGACUGGGGUGAACCGAGCUUUCCCAUACGCCAACGUAACAAAUGAGAAGUACAAUGAACACCUUGAUACACUCUUCAAGAUCGUCCACUUAUCCCCCUUCGCUACUGCCGUGCAGGCGCUCAUGUUGUUAUUUCAGGUCAUGCACUCUCGGCAAACAGUCACCGACAGAUACUAUAGGACCCUAUAUCAUCUGCUCUGGUCUGUAGAUGCAUAUGCAACUGCCAGGCAUGCUGCGUUUUUGAACAUUGUAUACAAAGCCAUGACAGUAGAUCAGUCAAUACCUCGAGUAGCUGCUUUUACGAAACGAUUACUACAGCUAUGUAUGGAGCAGGAACCCCCGUUUGUCACUGCUGUACUGUUUAUGAUAUCACAAAUUAUAGUCAGCAAGCCACAAUUACAAGCUCUGAUCACAGUAAAAGCGCCCAAACCUUCCUUCGACGACACAGCGGCCGACCAAACGGAAACAAUAAGCACGGUGACGGAGGCCGAAAGUAACAGCGAGGUUGAGUCGGAGUCAAAAGAAUCCAAGGAAGCCAGGCAGACACCCAAAAACUGGGCCAGUGUAUACGGUAGCUAUGAUCCCACCAAAAGAGAACCACUAUACGCAGGGGGUGACACCACGUGUUUGUGGGAGCUCACCCUUCUGGCGAGACAUUACCAUCCUUCGGUGGCGAAAUUCGCUGCAACCAUACUGAUGGGCAGGAAAAUAGAGUACUCGUCCGAUCCGUUGGUGGAUUUCACGCUGAUACAUUUCUUGGAUAAAUUUGUAUACAAAAAUGCAAAGAAGAAGGAAAGUACACGCGGCAUCAGUCUCAUGCAACGGCGCAAGUUUGCGGCAACUGAUGAUGAUACUACUUCUGAGAAAUUUGCCAACAAGAUUCCCAGCCUGGUGGCACCCGAGAAUAUGUUCAUGCAUCAAUACUUAACGGAAACAAAGACUGCCGAGAAACGGAAAGCAGACCGAAAGAAGAUAAAUAAACGAGGCGGUGAUAUAGAUGAUAUGGAGAUAGGUGACGAUCAAGCUGACUUGGGCGAUGACGAGAAGUUCCGAAAGGCUAUGAUGGAGGCCUCCGGUAUAGCCGAAGUAUCGAGUGAUGAGGAUGCCGCAGAAGGCUUCGCUGCUGGAUCAGAUGGCGAGUACGAGUACGAUCAAUUAAAGGCUGCUGGUGAUGGUGAAGAUGACGGGGCUGAUGGCGAUGGUAUGGAGAAUGUGGAUUGGGAAGCUGUCGCAAUGGCUCCCAGCAGUGACGAUGGCGAAAGUGGUGAUGAUAUAGAUGAUGAGGACAUGCCCCAAUCAAUCGCUUUCGGUGACGAUGACAGUGAAUCAGAUAGCGAUUCAGAUGAAGUGGAAUCAGAAAGCAAACUUCAUCGUAAUGUGAAGAAAGACAAGAAGAAGAAGAAGGCGUCGGUGUUUGGAGAUGCGGAUGAUUUUGCUGAGUUGCUGGAAAAUGCUGGAGAGAAUAAUGAUUACAAACAAGAUGCCCAUGAGAGACGGAAGAUGACCGGUGCAAGAGACAGUCGCAAACGUAUGGGUGGAAGCAGGGGUGGUCGUGGAGGGGGUUCGAAGAGGGCUCGAGGCGGAAGAUCAAGAUAAAACAAUAUCUGGCUUAGCGUAACAUUGUCGAGUAAAGCUGCCAUGUCAUGCGA